AUGGCUGGUGUGGGGACACCGGUGGUGGCCCCUGGUGACGGUGGUGUCCCCCCAGGUCCCCUGCCACCCCCCAAGACCCUGCAGCAGCUGGAGCUGCCCCUCCUCAGCCUGCGCCGCUGCCGCUGCCUCUACGCCCGGGGAGGGGACACGGUGGGGACACCCGCGGGGGACACGCUCUGCGCCGGGCUCCCCCAGGGACAGCGCGACGCCUGCCAGGGCGACUCGGGGGGCCCCCUGUCCUGCCGCUUGGGUGGCCGGUGGCUUCUUGGGGGGGUGGUGAGUUGGGGGGAGGCCUGUGGGCUCCCGGGGCGCCCCGGGGUCUACACGCGCCCGGCCGCCCACAUCUCCUGGAUCUUGGCCACCGUCCCCGAGGCCACCAUCACCCACCCCCCGCCGGCCACCACCACCCCCAAAGAGGAGGAGGAGGAAGGACCUUGCCCUGAAGAAGAAGGUGGUGGGACAGGACCUCCCCUCACUUGGCCCCGGCCGCUGCCACCCCAAGGUGCCCCCAACGGUGGCCACCGGGCUACUGGCCACCACCUGCUGCUGCUGCUGGGGGUCCUGCUGCCCCUCGGCCUCCGCUGAGACACCCCCCCAGAGCCAAAAAUGACUCACUGGACCCCAAAAAUGACUGAUGGGGCCCCAAAAAAUGACCCAUGGGGAGGGACACGCACACACACACCCCAAGUUGGAGCCCAAGGUGGGUGAUGGCACCCAAAAGCGGCUGGUGGCACCCCAAAAAUGACUCCCCCGCACCCCUGGAAUGGAUGGUGGCACCUCCCAAGGUUCCUGGCAGCCCAAGGGGGUCCAUGGCUCCCUCAAGGAGGAUGGUGGAACCCCAUCCCCACAUCUGGGAUGGACCACGGCACCCAAGAUGGUUGGUGGAACUCCAUCCCGACAUCCAGGAUGGACCACGGCACCCAAAAACGACUCAUCGCACCCCAACUCGGCACCCAGGAUGGACCACAGCACCCCAAGGAAGAUGAUGGAACCCCAUCCUGACAUCCAGGAUGGACCACGGCACCCAAGAUGGUUGGUGGAACCCCAUCUUGACAUCUAGGAUGGACCUCGGCACCCAAAAACGACUCGUUGCACCCCAACUUGGCACCCAGGAUGGACCACAGCACCCAAAACCAACUCAUGGCACUCACAACUUGUCACCCAAGAUGGUCCACGGCACCCCCAAGAGGGCUGGUGGCACCCAGGAUGGACCACAGCACCCAAGAUGGUUGGUGGAACCCCAUCUUGACAUCUAGGAUGGCCAAUGGCACCCAAAAACAACUCGUUGCACCCCAACUCAGCACCCAGGAUGGACCUUGGCACCCAGGAGGGCUGGUGGAACCCCAUCUCAACAACCAGGAUGGACCACGGCACCCAAGAUGUUUGGUGGAACCCCAUCUUGACAUCUAGGAUGGCCAAUGCCACCCAAAAACGACUCAUUGCACCCCAACUCGGCACCCAGGAUGGAUGACAGCACCCGAGAUGUUUGGUGGAACCCCAUCCCGACAACCAGGAUGGACCACGGCACCCAAGAUGGUUGGUGGAACCCCAUCCCGACAUCCAGGAUGGACCAUGGCACCCAAAACUGACUCGUUGCACCCCAACUCGGCACCCAGGAUGGACCACAGCACCCGAGAUGUUUGGUGGAACCCCAUCUUGACAUCGAGGAUGGACCACAGCACCCAAAAACGACUCAUUGCACCCCAACUCAUCACCCAGGAUGGACCACAGCACCCUGGAGGGCUGGUGGAACCCCAUCCUGACAUCCAGGAUGGACCACAGCACCCAAGAUGGUUGGUAGAACCCCAUCCCGACGUCCAGGAUGGACCUCAGCACCCAAAAACGACUCGUUGCACCCCAACUCGGCACCCAGGAUGGACCACAGCACCCGAGAUGUUUGGUGGAACCCCAUCCCGACGUCCCCAAUUGCCAAGAGCACCCAACACCGACUCAUGGGACCCCCAAAUUGCCACCCAGGAGGGUUUGUAGCACCCACCGCCACCUUGGGCCCCCCCAACUUGGCCCCACACACCCCCCAAUAAACCACGCAAGCGCCCUGUCACCUC